AUGCAGUUUUUAAAGUUUAAAACAGACUUUACUGCAUCAAAGCAAAAUGAGUUGCUGGAUGUAUCAGUGUUUCUAUCAGCUCAAGAAGCAAAUAACAUAAUCGCUAGAUCAAAGCGUGCCAGUUUCAUGCUUCUUGAGGAAAUCCUCAAAGGUAAUCUGGAAAGAGAAUGCCUUGAAGAAAUAUGUUCAUAUGAAGAAGCAAGAGAAGUGUUUGAAGACACGGAAAAAACAGUCAAAUUUUGGAAUGAUUAUUUUGGUGGUCAACAGUGCUCUUCAAAUCCCUGCUUGCAUAACGGUGUGUGCAAGGACAACAUUCGGAGUUACUCAUGUGCUUGUGGCGACGGCUAUGAAGGCAGCAACUGUGCCUUUGCCAAAAAUGAGUGUCGCCAUGAAAUGAACGAGGGUUGCCGUCACUUUUGCUAUCCAGAAGUGAAGUCCUAUCGCUGCUCGUGUGCACAAGGCUACAGACUUGUGGAAGGCAAAUACUGUGUUCCACUAGAUAAGUGUGCAUGUGGCAGAUUUAAAGAAAACGUGCAAGUGAAGCUGACUGCAGCUGAGAACAUCAGCAGAGGAUUCCCUUGGCAGGUCCUGUUCUUAAGCUCUGAGGGAGAAGGAUUGUGCGGAGGAGUUCUACUGAAAACGAACUUCGUUCUGACUACAGCUGACUGCGCAGUGCUAUCUCCCAUUAGUGCUGUGAUUGGAAACGACAGACGGCAAGAAGCCAGACAAUUAACGUAUGUGAAACAGGUAAACAUCCACCCCCGCUAUGAGAACAACACUGGCAAGAACAACCUGGCAUUGCUACAACUUGAAACUCAUAGUACCUGCAACAGCUCCCAGUUACCUAUAUGUCUUCCAGAGAAAGACUUUGCAGAGCACGUAUUGAUUUCUGAACAGGUGGCCACUCUCAGUGGGUGGAAAAUGGAGGGAGACUAUGUGACUGAUUCACUAGCUGAACUUCCAGUUCUGUUUCUCCAUGAAAAUGAAUGUACAGGGACACACAACAGAAGUCUGAUAACCAGGGAAUUCUGUGGAUACAGUCCUGUGACGACAAGAGGACAACUGGCUGGAGGGAGUUUCAGUGCUGUUAACUACAAAGGCACUUGGUUUCUGACGGGCAUUUUAGAGUCACAGGCAACAGAAGCAAGUAAAUGGGAAACAUUUGUAUUCACCAAGAUUUCAAGAUAUAUGAUGUGGUUCAAACAGAUAAUGGAGUAAUCAAAUGCAGCAGGAAAGGAGUACAUAGAUGGGCAAGAUUCAGUAUUUAUACAGCUUGCUGCUGAAAAUGUGUAUGCUUAUCAAUUAAAAUAUGGGAUGUUUGGUCUUUGUCUCUGUUCUCGGUUAACAGAACUCAUCAUUGGCUUUUCUGCAUGAAGUGGGCUUUUAUAUACACAGACCCUUUUCACAAAUGCUGUUCUAAACCAGAUGUUAUUCGUUGUUGGCCCAAUUUUGA